GCCAGUUAUAUGUUUCGUUAAUAAGAUGUACGGGAUGAAUGUCUUUCUUCUGCUAUUCGUCAUCUUAUUAACUGAAUCCCGUCCUGUAACCAAAAAGUGCUGGUCCAGAGAUGAAGUAGAUGUUGGAGUCUAUCACAAUUUUUCGUAUCAAUUCAUUUUCGUGAAAGAACAUGAUGCCGUUGAACUGCAAUGCCGGGAAUGCACCGGUUCAGAUGAUUCUCACGAUGUUAACAUAUUUUGGAGGAGAGUGGAUAUACAUCUGAACAGAACCGAAUCAACUCGCGCAUUGAAUAAACAAACAAAAUCGGUUGAAAAUGGCAUUAAAGUUCUGGACAAUUUGUCGUUGUUUUUCAAAAAAGUCCAACCGAAACAUUCCGGUUUGUACAAUUGCUACAUGAAUGCUACUUCACGCGAGUUUCAAAGUAGUCUGACCGCACCGUUUGAGACUUACUCUUAUUUCAUUCAUGUGUCCGUUCACAAAAAUAAGUUGUUGAACGGGACUUAUACCGAAUGGAAUUACUAUGAAGACUUCGUUUACCGGUCUGGAGAGAAUAAGGUGCAAGCACUUGCGCAUGCAAAUCAUACGAGUAAACCGUCACUCAUUGUUCACUGGAGCGCUUGGGGUAAUUGUCUAUGCGGAAAAUAUAAAUAUGACACAAGGUCGUAUCGGUAUGCGUACUGCUGUGUUAGACUAUUCGACGGACUUCUUUUACCGUGUCAAUCAGAGGUUUUAAAGGAAAUUCGAGAUGACGUUGCUAAGAUAGUGGAGAAUAUUUCCACAUUUAAAGAAUAUCGCAGAUGCAUGGAUGACUGCAUUCCAGUCGUUACGGACGAUGAGGUUGAUUUCAAAUUUCAAAAAACCUAUUAUUUGCGGCAGUCGUCACAUCGCCAACUGCAAUGUCUCGUACCGAAUAGCUCUGUUGCUGGGAAUUCAACGGAAAUGUUAUGGAUACGCGAUGAGAACAUAUUGCUGAAUAAAUCGAAAAAUCCUGGCGAAAAGGGCAGUAAAGACGUUAGGGUUGCAGUAGACAGUUUCAGCACAUUGUACCUUACGGAUGUAACGAAGGACGAAGAGGGAACAUACUCCUGCUUUGAUAAUGGGCUGCCGAUUGUGAAGUUUUUAGUUCGCGUCGAACCGCACAAUUUAAUUUUAACGAACGAAUGUGGACGGAAAAUCAUUAUUUUGACUUGCAUUAUUGUCGUGUGGAUUGUUAUCUACGUCAUUUUAGAAUGUGUUAAGUUUGGGACGAAUGCCAAAUCUGAUAAAUAAA